AUGGGAAGAGCACGGGCUGAAGACGACAACUGGUAUGGCGUCCAGGAUCCCCGAAAGAGGAAGCAGAUCCAAGACAGACUAGCCCAACGAGCAAGGAGAAAACGCCUGGCAGAGGCCAAGAAGUCUGUCGAGGGCGUAUCGCCAGACGCUCAAAGCAGCCACAGCCUAGCCGGGUCGCUCUGCCUUGCACCCAACGUGCCUCGAUCUCCCGCCUUGUAUCAGGUCAUUGUACCCACGAGCAAGCCUGAUUCCUGUAUAGCCAGUUCCCUCUACGGGUCUAUCUAUGCUGCUCUGUAUCAGAACGGUGCAAUGAUGGGGAUAUCGUGUGCCCUCGCUGUGCCGCCCGCCAAAUCCAACCCUGCUGGACCCGAUAUCCCCGAGUCAUUGCGUCCUACAGCUUUGCAACUCACCACCAACCACCCGUCGUGGAUUGACCGGUUCCCCUUCCCGAAGAUGAGAGACAAUCUGAUCACUCUGAUGAGCAUCAUUGACGAAGAGGAGUUCAUCGCCGAUUUGUUCUGCUUGACGAGCUUUACCCUGGAUCCCGGUGCUGCGCCUUGGGAUCCCAAGGCUUGGAAGAUUGGGAAAGAGUUCUCGGCGAAAUGGGGCUAUCUGUUCUACUAG